GGGGUGUAAUUUUCCAACUUUCUUAUUUACACGGUUUGUCGAAAUUCUUAACCAAUGUCGCAUAUAAAACGAAUGUUUACAAGCAGAUUCUUUAGUAAAACUGUUGAAGAUCGUAGGAUAGUUCUAGGACGUCGCUAUGACAUACAGUAUGAGAUACUACUUGUGUCUCGCGAUCGUUGUCGUUUGCGAAGCGGCAAGAAUACCCAGAGUAACCGAGCAACCAUAUUUUCCGAAUUUUCAAGACAUUUAUCCGAAUCGUAAUUAUCAAACUGAGUCAGUGAAUAACCACGAUGAUGGGCCAUUUUUUGGAAACUAUAGAGCGCACGAAGGGAACGCAGCUAUAGGAAACGAGUUUUACGAUCAUCGAACUCCCAUCGGUGGCCGAGCAAAUUUUGUUCAUCAUCUCACAAGAGUUCCGUUCGAAGAAUUUAGAGGCCGAGACGCAGUUCCCCGGCAUUAUGAUCGAUUUAACCAUGCGAUUAAUUACGAUUAUCAGUUAUAAAAGUUUUAUCAAGUUUACGUUGAUCUGAUGUAUAUCGAAUAUAAUUAAUGCUGCAAACGGA